AUGAAUAAUUUGAAUUUUCUUCGUGAAAAAAUCUCGGAAAAUUGGAUCGAUUAUUUUGUUGAUCGCGAACGUUUUCGACAUUUUCUCGAUUCUGCAACUUCAGAUUCGAAAGAGAUUGCCCAAUUAGUAGGUCAAUUCGCCGAACAGGCCCAAUUAGUAGAAAAGGAAGCCGAAGUUUUGCAACGAAAAGAAUUUGAUGAAGAUGAUUUGUUUUAUUGUCGUCAGAAAGCGGCAAAAUUGUGGUUAUAUUCUUUCUCUUGUUUUGCAACCAUUGGCUGGGAUUUGGAACUACUUAGAAAUGAAUGUAAUAUUCUCGUGAUGAAAGCCAUUUUCAAUAGACUGGUCUCUUUUUGUAUAUCCGAUCGAAAAAUCGGAAUCAAUGAUGAUAUCGCUCCUAUGCUUUGGGACAUCUGGGAUACGGAAUUGUCGGCACCAGAUAAGAAUCCUGGUUUUAUUUUUAUUUCGUGGCUCUAUGCUAAAUGGAUAUUAAAAGUGGAUACUGAAGGGCGUUUUCCUGAAAAAGUCGCCAAGCCCACUGUCAGCAAUCCCUCCAACCAAUUCGACGCAAAUUUGGCAUUAGCCGAACAGUUGCGUAAUUGUACGGCAGAGCUUCGACUGAAAUCUUCUGAUGCGUUAGCGUUUUCAGAACGACUUCUUCAUGUAAAUCUGUCGCAUGCCUUUUCUGUAUUCACUAAAGAAUGUUUUUUAAAGGAAUUAAUGAGGGUUUACGAUCCAAUAUUAGAUAAGGAUGAAUCUGGAAAACUUCCUUCUUCAAUCUUUUUCAGACCAAAUACCAAUUUCUCUCUAUUGAACACUCGAUUUUUUAUAAUGUGUAAUAAUUUUGCUGCUGGAAAAACAAAUGAAUGUCUUAACCAGCUAAAACUGAUUCUUGAAAAUUUUUCGCCUAAUGAAAAUUUUCAAAUAUCAAAGUCUUAUAUGGCUAAACUUAUGUAUAUUGAACAAGAUCAACUCAAAGGAUACUGUGAUGCAUUUGGAAUGUCUGAGUCACUAAAAUCAACAUCUUCAAUUGAUGAGAAUAUAUAUCGUGGUUUGAUUAAUGAUGAGAGUAUUAGUUAUCUUACAUCAGAACCACUGAAAUAUACCUUAGUCCGACGCGCUGAAUGCUAUCAGAUUGCUUCAACUUCUUCUGUAUCAACCGCAUUGGACUUACUGGCUUAUAAUCUCUGCGAGGAGUUCAUUAAAAAUAUUCCAGCAACGAUACUUUCUUUGAAGCUUUUAAAGAAUGGUAAAGGAAUUCUUCAAAUGGCAAAAUCAUUGCUACAAAUGUCACAAGACAGCAAACUUGACAACAAAAAACGUUUAUUGCUCAAAGAAACGCUUAGCUUUCUGGCCAUCACUAUACCAUUAGUUGAUGCCGAAAUAUCAAAGUGCAUUAAUGAUUUUGGUAAUCUCCAGUUGAAAAAUUUUCGGUCAGUCGUCCCGAAAAAUGUGGGUACGGCUCCAAGCAUUAGUAUGCUUAAAGAAGUUUUAAGUGGGGGACCAGAUUAUUGGCGAUUGAUUUUAAGUUACGAUAUAAGCGAAUUGAAAGGAACUUUUUCGAAAAUGAGCGGAAAAUUCAAAGUCCCUAUGAGAUAUCGAGUUAGCAAGAUGAUUGGAGAAGUUUUGAAUGCCCUUUCUGCUCCUACUGCCGACUAUAUCAAUCUUUUAUUGGCAAAACUGGAACAGCUAUCGAUCAUUGGAGAUGCUCAACAAUGGAAUUCAUUUUGUAAUGAUUGUGUAAAGGAACUUGGAAAUAUGGGCAAGAAUCCUGAAAUACAAUUGCGUUUCGCUUACGAUGCUGUUCGUGUUCAGCUGGAUUGUUGGCAUUCACGUUUUGCUCAAACUUUUAAUGCUCCUCAAUUUCUUCGCACGACUCAGGAAUUGCAACAAACAGUAAAAGGCUUAAUACAAGCCUCACUAUCAAUGGCUGCAAGUCCAGGGCCUUUGAUAGGCAAAAUGCUUCUUCAGACUGUUGCAUUUUUCAUUAAUACAACUGAAUGGGAAUAUUUGAUAAAAUCGCCUUUAAAAAUCAAAAGUCCUUUUCUUGAUGUAGCAAAAGUUUUGGCAGCUUAUAUGACUGGUGAUAAUGCAAUCUCGAAGCGAAUAGCAGAAGGACCUUGGUGGCAGAUUAUGCAUCCUACUUUCGAAGGAAAUAUGCAGUAA